UGCGUCUACAUACUCCCACAUACUACUUGACAGCUCCAUAACAUAGCGCUCGCCGGAGCGGCUCUCACCUGGCCGCCCUUUGACUGUUCCGCUCGGAGUUCAUUUGUUUUUCGGAUGAGACCUGGAGGAGAGAUGGCUUCUCAGGAGACCUUUAACGACUUGGGGUGCAGUUCGUCCGAGGAGGACAGUAACCGUGCAGAGCGGACGGAGGAGAAGACAUCUCCGGUGGUGCGUCGGCAUCAUCCGUUCAGCGUGGAGGCGCUCAUGUCCGGGAAGAAGACGGACGGUCGCGGCGGAGAGUCCAUCCGCUGUAAACCGGAGGGAGGCUCGGUGGCGGUGUCUCCUACAGGUUUAAACUCCCUGUAUCUGUAUCGAGAGACGUGUAGUCCUCCCGGGGGAAGCCGAAAGAGUAUAAUGGCUGUGCCUUCGUCGCCGGUCAAAUCCGAGGCAUCAGAGUCAGAGGACUGCACACCCUGGGUCACUAACAGCGCGUUUUCCUCACAGCCUCGUCACGUCGGUCCUGGCUGCCCGUUGAGGAAACACAAGACCAACCGAAAGCCCCGCACUCCCUUCACCACAUCUCAGCUCCUGGCCCUGGAGAGGAAGUUCAGGCAGAAGCAGUACCUGUCCAUCGCCGAGAGGGCCGAGUUUUCAUCCUCCUUGACCCUGACGGAGACCCAGGUGAAGAUCUGGUUCCAGAAUCGUCGGGCAAAAGCCAAGAGGCUCCAGGAGGCCGAGCUGGAGAAAUUCAAGAUGGCUGCAGACGCUAAGACGGCGGCGGUGGCAGCUGCUGCAGCUGGAGGUUUACACCCUGGCUUUACGUUACCACUGUCGCUGGGCGCCAUGUCACUGUAUGGACAGUCGUACUCUGCCUACCACCACCACCACCAUCACAGACCCAUACUGCCCAUUUCACCUUUAGGACUGUACGCUGCUCCUCUGGGCUACAGCAUGUACCACUUAUCAUAAACAUGGAAAUAUCACUGACAUUGGUGAAAUGUGCUCCCAAGGAUUCCCAAAAAUGGACACAGAGGAUGUGUGACUGACAUUUAAAAUCAAUGUUUAUAAUAUAUCUACUGCACAAGGAGUGUUUUGAAUCAACUUUGAGCACUUCAAGUCAAAUAAGAAAUCUAUUUUUUUCCCACAGCGAGGAUAAAAACAAACUUAGAUAUAGUCUUGCCCCUUUGGACUGCCUGUUUACAUGACUUGUCUUUAUGAGGAGGGGCGUUACCGUCCAGCUGUUUAUACUCUUCACUUGUUUACUUUUGCAAUAAUUGAGCUGGGCGAGGACUUGCACUGGGCACAAUAAUACAAAGGCAACUUUUCACUUAAGCCUUUCUCUUCAUUCGAUACUGUGCCUUGUGUUAAAAAAGGGCUUUAAUAUCAAGACACUUUGUACACUUGUGUGGAUGAUGAGUGUUUCAGCAACUCAGGCCAAAUAAAGCAUAUCCCUGAAGCAUUCUUUUAAUUCUGUAAAAGUGUCUGCCUUGAAAAACUGCUCUCCUUUUUCUGUUUCGAAGGAGACAAAUUCAGGUUUGUGUGGCUUUCUCCAUGACCGGAAGGUUUAACGCUCAAAUAAUUCAUAUAAACAUUAUACAUUUAAAACUUUACACUAACUUUUUUUCAUCUUUUAAUCUCUCGUAGCAAUAUUAAUAAUAAAAUAAAAUAAAUCAACACUCCCUCAUUUCCUUACUUUGCAUUUAUAGAGCGUAGACAUUUCUUUUUGAACUAUAAUUAUGCUGGAAUUGUAUGAAUGCCUCAUGUUGUGUAUUUGUGAGAAUAUGGUACAAAAGUUCUGACAAAGUGUAUUUAUAUUGUUCUUCCUAAACGUCCCUUUGAAAGGGCCUACGUUGUGCUAUGCAGUUUAUAUAUAUAUAUA